AUGUCUAAGGAAUUUAUGAGAUUUCCGUCGAGGAGAUCAGCUGUCUAUUCCCACAAGGGAAUGGUUGCAUCGACCCAACCAUUGGCAAACUCUGCUGGAUUGAAGAUACUUGAUUUGGGCGGAAAUAGCGUUGACGCCGCAAUUGCUGUUUCGGCAGCCUUGUGUGUCACAGAACCGGGGUCAACCGGAAUUGGGGGAGACUCGUUUGCCUUGUUUCACAGUAAGGGCAAAGUAUUUGGUUUGAAUGGUUGUGGGAGAGCAGCAAAAAACGUUACUCCACAGGACGUUUGGGAUGAACAUAACAAUGGUAAACCAAUGCCCAGGAUACCUUAUACCUCAGUCUUUUCAGUUACUGUUCCUGGAGCAAUUAGUGGGUGGUACCAGGCUUAUAGCACAUGGGGUUCGGGGAAAGUUACAUUCAAGGAUAUUUUGGAACCUGCAAUCAGUUUGGCAAGAGACGGCUUUCCUGUGUCUGAGCUUUCGGCCCUUAGUUGGAGACAUUCUAUUCCCAAAUUGAAAAGUCAAAAUCUAGAUGUAGGUGAAAAUCCAUUUGUUCUCGAUGGUGUUAGAGGGCCAAACGAAGGAGAGUUUGUUAAAAACUUGCCAUUUGCCAAAUGUCUUGAAUUGAUUGCUGAAGGAGGUGAAAAAGCAUUUUAUGAAGGACCCAUUGCUGAAGCAAUUGUUGAAACUACAUCAAAAAGAAAUCAUAAGCUUACAUUGGAAGAUUUAAAGAAUCACACUUCAACAGUUGUAGAGCCAAUCAAACUAAACUUCCAGGACCAUUUUGUUUGGGAGAUUCCACCAAAUGGACACGGGUUGGUGGCUUUGUUGGCCCUUGGAUUGAUUCAAGAGUUGCACAAUGAAGGAAAGAUUAAUUUGUACGAAUUGAAGCAUAACUCUACCGAGUACUUGCAUAUAUUAAUCGAGGCUUGCAAAUUAGGAUUUCAUGAUUCUGAUGAGUAUGUUACUGAUCCAAUCUUCAAGGACAUUCCGAUUAAGGAUUUAUUGCAUCACCAGUAUUUGAAAACUAGGGCAAAACUAUUUGAUUCGUCUAAAAUCAUUGAUGGAGAGACCAUGACUCAUGGUGUACCUGACCCCAAAUACAAAUCUGACACAGUUUAUUUUUCCGUCACUGAUUCCAAUGGAGAUGCUUGCUCUUUUAUCAACUCUGUUUAUGAGGGAUUUGGAUCAGGAAUUUUAGUGGAGAAGUUUGGGUUUUGUUUACAGAACAGGGGCUGCAACUUCAACUUGACCCCGGGUUUGUCCAAUUGUUUAGAAGGUGGAAAGAGACCUUAUCAUACAAUCAUACCGGGUAUGAUUACCAACAAAGACGACUCGUUGUACGCUGCUUUUGGGAAUAUGGGAGGUUUUGCCCAACCUGUUUGUCACGUGCAACAUGUUUUAAAUAUGAUAAUUUUUGGAAUGACGCCCCAGCAGCUGCUUGACUCUCCAAGGUUUUCCUUGGAUUCUGAUAGCGACCAUUUGAAAGAUAGAGGAAGAGGUGCCGAUGGUCCUGUUCGAACACCUAUUACUGUUGUCAAGAUUGAAGAAGGGGUCGGAGAGAAGGUGAUAAAUGAACUUCGUGAGUUGGGUCACACUGUGGAUGUAUUAAGUGGGUACUCAAGACAAAUUGUCGGCAGAGGGCAAAUAAUUAAAAAUGAAUCAAAGAGUGGACAGUUAAUCUAUGCUGGUGGUAGUGAUAUGAGAGGAGAUGGUGCUGUAGUUCCAUUCAUUUAA